GGGGAAGGCGGGGCUUGACCUCGCCAUGCCAGGGUGAAAAAUUGACUGGUAACUUGUCAAGUGCGUGAUGGCGGCUGGAAGAGGGGAGUUUUUUCGGAGUUUCCAGGAGUCUUUCGAGUCUUUGGAGAAGAAACUCACCCGGCCGGCUCUGGGUAGACGACAGCCGGUUCGUGGGAGAGGAAACCCGAAUCCGGGCGGGAUACAAUCGGGUCAAACGGGCGAAAAAACGAGGAAGAGACAACCGAGCUCGGUUAGCGGGAAGAGUCCCAGCUCUCCACAACCGAGGUCGACGGGGACUAAAGCAAGGUCUCCCAAAAUAUCUUCUACAUCCAAGGAAAACUUAUUGGAAAGGCUGCCGUCCGAGAUUCUGCUGAAGAUUCUGUCGUACCUGGACCCGUUCACGCUGUCCUGCAUCAGCCACGUCAGCAAGCUCUUCUACCAGCUCGCCAACGAUGACGCCGUGUGGCAUAAGAUUUACACGUCAGAGUUCGGGAGUCAGACGUGGACGCCGAAGUCGUUGGCAGGUGAUGCGGCGGAGAAGGUCGACCCGGCGGAGGGGGGGGCAGCGGAUCGGUCGCCGGGCCACUGGAAGAAGAUGUACUUCAGGACCCUCGCUGGACAGGAAGUGAACAAGUGGUGGAGAGAGCUGAGACACGACAACAGCCCCUACACCGGCUUACCACGGCAGACGGAGAGGGUCCUCCGAAACCUGAAUGUGAGCUGGGAGCUGACGGUGUGUAGUUGUUACGGGCGGGAGAUCACGAUGGAGCAGAGCCGGGCGUACUUCUUCGAGUCGUCCGUGAUCGUCCGCUGGACCGGACCGAGCUUCCUCAAAUUCCAUCAGAUCAGCAACAUCCAGCUGCACGGGGUCCGGAAGGAGACCCUGCAGAGCCCCAAAACCCGAAGGUAAGACAGACCUCUUCCUCCUUCGCAACCAGGGCUGCACGAUAGGAGGAAAAUACACGAUAACGUUGUGGAAUAUUGCGAUAUUACCUGCGAUAAAUGAACAGAUAUCAAUGUGUACUCA